UGCCGGCAGGGACGAGCUCCGAGACCGGAAUGCUGCCCGCCCCAUUCGCGGAACCGGAAGUGGAGCGGGGCCCCUGGGAGCGGCGGGCGCGGCGGGCGCGGCGGUGGCCGGGCAGUGUCGAGCCGGGCCAGACCCACCCCGGGCGUCGAUGUGGAAAGCCUCGGCCGGCCACACUGUGUCCAUCACCCCGGACGACAGGGGAGCCGACAACUGGGAGGACCGACCAUGAUUUUGUGAAUGAUGUAAGUGAAAAAGAGCAGAGAUGGGGGGCCAAGGCCAUGCCAGGAUCUGGGCACCAGGAACACAUCAAUCAGCUGUCGGCCAUGAGUAUCAGUCAAAGCUCUCCAAGUGCUGCUUGCAGGUUGACUCCAUCUGGGGGUUUGGAGGCAAGUUUGGUGUCCAGUUGGCCAGAGUGGACCAGAACAGUGACAAGUGUUUGGAAACGGCCUAAGUGCUCAUCAGUGAGGGGUGAGGUGCAAUCUGUGGACACCCCACAAGGAACAGCCCUCCCCCUCCUUCCUGCCACCUUCAGCAGCCACCGCCCCAGGACUGACUCGUCUGUGUGUGUUUCCAGUUUCCCCGCACUAAUGCUACAGGUGAUUAUACAGCGUCCAGAAUACGACAAAGACAUUUUGAACUCGAUGCGAUCUUUAAUCUGUUUAAAGUUGUUGUAUGGCCCCUAAGGUAUUUUAUUACAGACUUUUUAAUUAGUGAAAAAUUCAUGAAUACCAUAGAGAAAAUGUUUUAAAAUUUAAUGUUUCUUAUAUUUAUGUAAACUUAUGACUUUAUUUAUAUACUUACUUUUUCUUGUAUAGCCAGGCUAUAUAUAUCCUUUCAGAUCAAUUCAUGUUCUGAUACCUGAUUUUAGUCUUUCAAAUGAAUGUACUGUAAUGCUUGUCUGUAUAAAUCCUAUGAACAAAUAUAGGGCUUUUGUAAAUGAUGCAUUUAUUGUAUUAUUCUUGUUUAAUUUUUAAAUGAUAAACCAUGAGAGAAGGGGUUUUCCUGCAAUUGUAAAAUCAUCAUGACACGGUGUGCAUUAUCCUUCCAGAAUGUAACCGAGCUCUCCAACACUCACCCUGAAAUGAGCGAACUUAAUUUCAACCAAUUGUUCUAUUUUAACGGCUGACCUAAACUGUACUUUUUCUAGCAAGAAAUGCUUUUUCUCUGCAGAGUGAAGCGAUUUAAAAGUACUGGGUGUUGAAUGUGAGCUUCUAGUGAAGUCUGGGCUGAAAGCAUGAGUAGAAGACGACUAUGACAAUCUCUCCCGUGACCUGGUCUCUGAGGACCCGGGUCCCUCUCUCCGCUGAGACUCUUCAGGGAACAAUCGCGAUGCCCUGCACCCGCUGCAGAGCCGGUGCGCUGGACGGUGAAGGAGCCACGUCCCACAGACAGACAGCGUAGAGAAGCUCUAACAAAGCCCUUAGUUUUCUUAUGUAAACAAUCUUUUUAUCUGUAAACAUGUUUAAAGAAUGGAGCUAGGCGUACAUUUGUAGAUUUUGAUGACAUAGCCAUUUCGGAUUGUAUAAGCAGCAAAUGUAACUUUUACUCUUUCAGGAGCACAUUAAAAAAGCCAGCAAGAGAUGCGUUCAGAUCACAGUGCGUCAUUUAUUAUGCAGUGAUAUCUCAGUAGACAGAGACGGCAUGUCUCUUUACAUGUGGGUUCCACCUUUAAUUUACUUGUACAAUUCAUUGUUACCAUUCUGUUUUUCUACUAAUCUUUGGUGAACUUCCUGAAUAUGUGACAAAGUACGUACAGUCUACUUUUGAACUAUUUUUAUCACAGUAUUAUUUAUUGCUUUCUUUCAAUAAAGUACUGAAGGAAAAUUUC